AUGGGCGAGGAAGUACCGGGUACCUGGACAAGACCGCGAUCCGGAAGUAUACUUUAUCCGAAAAUUUCCAAUCCCAAAUCAUCGCAUCUUCAGUCGGCUGCAACACCUCCUGCCGUGUCUUUGCUUCCCCAGACAAUUGCAGUCCAUUGUGGUCCUCCUCGGUCUUCGCUUUGGUCUAUCCGGGAUCCCUAUCUUUCUUCCUCUUCCUACAUUGCUCAAUUCCACCAUUUCGAACCGCCGCCGGUAGAGCUUAAUUGCUGCCGCCGCGAAAUCAAGAUGUCUCUCGUCAAUCUUUCCGCCGUCUGCGCCCACUUGAACAAUGCUACUAAGGCCCGUCUCGCCCUCACCUCUAUCCCUAACAGCAACCUCCACCUGAAGCUCUCCCUCGCUCUCCAAAACUCCGGCUACAUCUCCUCCGUGGCCCGCGGAGGUCCGACUCCUCCUCCAGCCCAUGGCAUCCUCGGUUACCCUGCAGUCAACGAUGAAGCUGAAGGCAUUGAGCCAAUAACGCGCGAUAAUGUCGCAUCAAGGCGGCUGUGGCUGGGCCUGAAGUACUGGCAAAAUGAGUCGGUCCUCGGCAAGAUCAAGAUGGUCAGCAAGCCCACCCGACGGGUCAAUAUUGAUGUGGAGGGUCUGCGCCGAGUUGUGCGUGGUGAGGAAUCCGGGUUUGUGGCCGGAAUUCGCUCGCCAGGUGAGAGUCUAUACCUCUCUACAGACCAAGGGAUUCUAGAAGCUCGCGAGUGUGUUGAGAAAAAGCUUGGUGGGCUGGUUUUGUGCCGUGUGCUAUAA